AUGAUGGAAGCCGACAGAGGCUGCGGCUGCGAGGGAAGCAUUCCGGCGCCUCAUGCAGUGAACAGGACGAUGGCGGACGAGGUGGAGAGGGACAUCCGACAACGGAGGAGGAAGGAGAGUAGAGAGCAGCAGCCUGCGCUGGGUGAGAUGAUCCUAGAAGACUUCCUGGUGAAUGCCGAGGUGGGAGCUGAAGACUCUUGUAUUGCCUUCAUGCCUCGCGAGCACUGGUUGCAGCAUCGCCAUUGUGAUCACCAUCAUCAACAGCUGCAAGCUUCAGCGUUGGCCAGUGACAACCCAGCGACGUCCGAUCCGCAGACGCCAGGGCGGAAGAGGGCGGCAGGAGGAGAAGUCUCAGAGAAGACCACGGAAAGGAGGCACAAGAGGCUGAUCAAGAACCGGGAGUCAGCUGCACGGUCGCGAGCAAGGAAGCAGGCUUACAUGAAUGAGCUGGAGAACAAGAUCUCCCUCCUACAAGAAGAGAAUGAGAGGUUGAAGAAACAGAAGGAAUUGGAAUCAGCAAUUCAUGAACCACAACCAGAAACAAAAUACCAGCUCCGCCGAACGAGAUCAGUUCCUUUCUGA